GGCGGCGGCUGCUUGGUCGCCAGCGCGGAGCGGUUCGGCCGGACGCGACGGGGCGGGCGCCCGGGAACCUGGCGCCGAAGGUCGCGCCUGGCGCGCCGAGCCGCCGAGGGACCUCCGACCACGCACAGAGGAAAAAGCACUGGAUCAGCAUUCAGAAGAUUUCCAGUCCACGUUCUUGUCCCUCCACGGAACUGGGCGUGCGAUCUCAGAGCCCACCUCCUUGGCCGCAGGCUGCCCAGCGACCUCUGGGAGGAUGAGUGGCUGUGGGAGGAAGGCCCUGACCCUGCUGAGCAGCAUCUUCGCUGUCUGUGGCCUGGGCCUCCUGGGCAUCGCCGUCAGCACCGACUACUGGCUGUACCUGGAGGAGGGCGUGGUCCUGCCCCAGAACCAGAGCAUGGAGAUCAAGAUGUCCCUGCACUCGGGCCUGUGGCGUGUCUGCUUCCUCGCAGGUGAGGAGCGGGGACGUUGCUUCACCAUAGAAUAUGUGAUGCCCGUGAACAGCCAGCUGACCUCAGAGUCCACCGUCAAUGUUCUCAAAAUGAUUCGCUCGGCCACGCCGUUCCCCCUGGUCAGCCUCUUCUUCAUGUUCCUUGGGUUUAUCCUGAGCAACAUCGGACACAUCCGUCCGCACAGGACAAUACUCGCCUUUGUCUCCGGCAUCUUUUUCAUUCUCUCAGGCCUCUCUCUGGUGGUGGGCCUGGUUCUCUACAUCUCCAGCAUCAACGAUGAGCUGCUCAACAGGACCAAGGACGCGGAGACCNCCCCCAUCUCCCCAUCCCCCCAUCCCGGAAGGCUGGGUUGGGGCGGGCAGUGAGCGCCCCUCUGCUCUCUCCCCGCGUAGAGCGCUGGGGUGAUGUCCGUAUACCUGUUCAUGAAGCGGUACACCGCCGAGGACCUGUACCGGCCCCACCCCGGCUUCUACCGGCCUCGCCUGAGCAACUGCUCCGACUACUCUGGCCAGUUCCUACAUCCGGACGCCUGGGUCCGGGGCCGCAGCCCCUCCGACAUCUCCAGUGACGCCUCCCUGCAGAUGAACAGCAAUUACCCGGCCUUGCUCAAGUGCCCCGACUACGACCAGAUGUCCUCUUCCCCCUGCUGAGCCUCGCCACCUUCCUCCGCCUCCGCCGCCGACCGGGACAGCCAGAUAGCCCUUCCCGCGCUCCCCUGAUGGCCUGGGAGCCCCAGCCCCUUGGCUGACAGGCCCAGGCUGCCCCCACGCUUCGUUGUUGUCCCUUGAGCCACGUUGUCUCCACAGCUUCCCCAGAGUAGCUCUAGCGGCCCCAGGGUGGGUGUCCGGAGCCUGGAGCCAGCGGGCACGCUGAUUGGCUGAGAGCAUGGGCGUAGCCCGCCUCCUGAGUGCCAAUCACUGCCGCAGCUCUCCCCUUUCCCGGGAGAGGUGGCCGGCUGUUCAGCGGUGUAUUUGUCCCUAGACGCCCAACUUCAGGGCCCCAGGCCCAGGCCCAGACCGGCUCUGAGAGGCCGAGUUCCUUACGCAGCCCCAGCUGGACUUGUGUGCCUACCGACCAGCCUGGCCCUCCUGUUCGUGAUCUAGGCCAUCAGGCCCAAAAGGUGACUGUCCUACGCAGGUCUGGAGGGUUCAGCGUUGCCAAGCAGUGCUCCUCGUGACAUCCUUUAUCGUUUUGGGGUACCCACAUCAGUCCGUACUGCACACCUUUCUGUGCUCUGCCCCUCCCCCUCUUCCCUGUAGGCUGUGACUCUUGUCUCCUAUCCUCCCACCAGGACUCAGCUGCCCUGGGCAGAGAGUGGGUCUGAGGCCAAUCUGAUGAAGUCACAAGAGGUGUUAAUGGCUGAUGCUGUCUUAAUACGUGCAGCCCUGGAACAUAUUUAACAGGGGUCUGUCAUGCCUUAACCCAAGAAGUGGCUCUGACAAGGAGAAUUUCAGACUUUGGCUGGUCCGAGGUACUAUUAUCAGGCAUUGUUUCAGGCCCUGGGGAUACUGUCCCUGGUCACAUGGGCAGUAUUUCCGGUCCAAGGCCCUAAAAUCUUAUCACAUAGAUACAUGCCGAUACCACCUGAGUAGAAAGCAGUUUUCAAAGAGGUUGCCUGGGAUUUGCAGCUGGAUUUGCCGACAUUUGGUGCAUUUUGAGUCGAAACAAGCCAGCCUUGGAAUGAUCCAGCUGCUCUCCUGAGGAUGCCCAUGAAUAUAUGGGGGUUGUCAUUUCAUCCUAAUACAGGGCAGUAUCUGCUUCCUGGACUGGGGACAUAUGUAGGCAGCCAGAUGCUUCCAGAAGCUGAGGCAAGGUGAUGCCCAUUGUCCUAGUAGCAAGCCAGAGCUGGGAGCUACCAAUCAUCUUCCAUGAAGUCCAUGGGGGACAGAGGUAGGGGGAUUGGUGGAAGGCCCCCUGCAGGAUGGGACCCCACAGUUCUCCAGACACCCUCUCAGUGUGUGCAUUCCUGGUUUUGAGAUCGUGUGUAGCGAAACAAUGCCGGGCUCUCCACUGUGUGUUUUUGCCACGCCAGCUUUUCUCUCUUGCUCCCUUUAAGAUAGCGUUCGGUUCCAGGUUCACCAAGCCACCGUGGGCAACACAUGGGCUCUGGAAGGCUGUACAGAAGACCACACAUCCGUGUGCAUGGGCUUGGAAAGGACAGUGUCUUAGUUUUCUAGAGCUGCCAUAACAAAAUGCUCAAACAACAGACAUUUCUUUUUUCACGGUUCCAGAGACCAGAAGUCAGAGUUAAGAUGGCAGCAGAUUCGCUCUCCUCUGAGGCCUCUCCUUGGCUGGCAGAUGGUGCCCAUCUUCUCGACGUGUCCUCACACGGUCUUUUCUGUGCUUGUGUGCCCGCCCCUGGUGUCCCCAUUCUCUCUCACCAGGACACCAGUCAGAUUGGAUGAGAUCCCAUCCUGAGAGCCUCAUUCAUCCCCUGUUUAAAGGCCCUGUCUCCAAAUAUGGUCACAUUCUGAGGUUCUGGAGGUGAGGCCUCAACACAGGACUUGGCGGGGGGGUAGGUGUGCACACAAUUCAGCAGGUACAAGCAGGUCACUUCGCAGCUGCAUUAUUCCACUUCCUUCACAGCACAGCAGAGGGGAAGAUUAAAGAGCCGAUUGUGGUCCCAGUUCAGCCACCCUCUGAGCAUAGAUCCUUGGUCAACCCCGUCUGCUCUGAGGGGCUUGGCCCAAAGUAUCCCCAAGCCGCCCCCUCCCCCACACCCGCCCCCAACUCUAGUGAUUCAGCCUUGUGUAGAAAGCUCCAGAUUGCCCUCAAAUGUGACUUUUCAAUUCUUGCCUUGAAACCGAUAGGGACCGUAAACCCAACCCAACCUCCCAGGCCAGCGGCACCUUGAAACGACUGCCGUACUCAGGUUACUGUUUACAGAAUAAGACGGAAACCACGUUCUCUUCCGCAGCAAGGGAAUCGGUUCGUGUACGUGCAGACCAGUCGGCAGCUUCUCCAAACUGGCUGGCGGUUUAGAUGUGCUCUUCUCCCGUUUGGGUCAAUGUAAUUACCCUCCUAAAAUGCACUUUUCUGUCCCUUAAGCUCCCUUUCUCUGUCACUGUGCCAGGCUUGUGUGUGUGCACAUGGGAAAAAUAGAACCCACUUCUAAACACGA